AUGGGUGGAAAAGAUAGCAUGUUUCGGUUCGCUGAUGGCAUGGACAAGUUCUUGUUGUUCUUUGGGGUUUUGGGCAGCGUUGGAGAGGGGUUGCGACACCCUCUCACAAUGUAUGUUCUUAGCCACGUUAUCAAUGAAUAUGGUAGCUCUAGUACAUCUUUGUCUAAGGAUACUGUAAACAAGUAUUCGCUCAAGCUCCUGUAUGUUGCAAUUGCUACUGGACUUGCUGCAUUUGUUGAAGGAUUUUGUUGGACAAGAACUGCCGAGAGACAAACUUCUCGGAUGAGAAUGAAAUAUUUGAAAUCAGUCCUUAGACAAGAAGUUGGUUUUUUUGACACUCAAGAUGCCGGUUCUUCCACAACCUUCCAAGUUGUCACAACCAUCUCCAAUGAUGCCAGUGCUAUUCAAGUAGCUAUAUGCGAGAAGAUACCUGACUGCCUUGCACAUAUGUCAUGCUUCUUCUUCUGCCUCGUGUUUUCCUUCAUACUAUCGUGGAGGUUUACACUGGCAGCUCUUCCUUUUGCAUUGAUGUUUAUUUUGCCGGGACUUGUAUUUGGGAAGCUCAUGAUGAACGUGACAAUGAAGAUGGUUGAAGCUUAUGGAGUUGCUGGUGGGAUUGUUGAACAAGCCAUUUCUUCAAUAAGAACUGUGUACUCAUAUGUGGCAGAGAAUCAAACACUAGAUCGGUUCAGCUGUGCACUUCAAAAGACAAUGGAACUAGGAACAAAGCAAGGUUUUGCAAAGGGAUUGAUGAUGGGGACCAUGGGAAUGAUUUAUGUCAGUUGGGGAUUCCAGGCUUGGGCUGGUACUUACUUAGUGACUGAAAAUGGAGAAAAGGGUGGCUCUAUCUUUGUAGCCGGAAUCAAUAUCAUGAUGGGAGGAUUGAGUGUCUUAAGUGCACUGCCAAAUCUAACUUCCAUCACAGAAGCAACACUUGCUGCUACUCGUAUUUCUCAAAUGACUGAUCGAACUCCUAGUAUGGAAUCAGAAGAUAAGAAGGGAAAGGCUUUAUCAUAUGUAAAAGGAGAAAUUGAAUUUCAGGACAUCUAUUUUAGCUAUCCAUCAAGGCCUGAUACACCAAUCUUGCAAGGGUUGAAUCUCAGAAUUCCAGCUGGGAAGACUGUUGGUCUAGUGGGAGGCAGCGGUUCUGGAAAGUCCACAGUCAUUUCAUUGCUUCAAAGAUUUUAUGAGCCCAAUGAAGGAGAAAUUCUCUUGGAUGGACACAAAAUAAAUAGACUUCGGCUCAAAUGGUGGAGAUCCCAAAUGGGUCUAGUUAAUCAAGAACCAAUCCUCUUUGCAACAUCCAUAAGGGAGAAUAUAUUGUUUGGGAAGGAAGGCGCUUCGAUGGAUGAUGUGGUCAAUGCCUCUAAGGAUGCAAAUGCAUACGACUUCAUAACUAAGUUACCUGAUGGUUAUGAAACUCAAGUUGGCCAGUUUGGAUUCCAACUGUCCGGGGGGCAAAAGCAGCGAAUUGCCAUAGCGAGGGCUCUGAUCAGAGACCCCAAAAUCCUGCUGCUUGAUGAAGCAACUAGUGCACUGGAUUCAGAGUCGGAAAGAACAGUUCAGGAGGCAAUUGAUCAAGCGUCGGAAGGGAGGACAACAAUCACCAUUGCGCAUCGUCUGUCCACAAUCAGAACAGCAAACUUAAUUGUGGUUCUUCAAGCAGGGGAAGUAAUUGAAUCAGGUUCACAUGAACAGCUAAUGCGAAUAAAUAAUAGAAAAGGUGGGGAGUACUUCCGGAUGGUGCAGUUGCAACAGAUGGCAGCACAAAAUGAACCUUUCAGUGACUUCACCUAUCGCAAUGACGGAAAGAGCUCCUUAAGGAUGAGUCCUGCUUCAAGUCCAGUCAGUUUGAGAACAAGCACUCCACGCACCCCAGUGUUGAACCCCUUUAGUCCUGCAUUGUCCAUCGGCACACCUUAUUCCUACUCAAUCUACGAUCCUUCUGAUCAAAGUUUUGAAGAAGAGUUAAACCAAUUGAAGUAUCUGGCUCCUUCUCAGUGGCGUCUGCUGAAAAUGAAUGCACCUGAAUGGGGACGAGCCUUGAUUGGAUGCUUGGCUGCAAUAGGUGCUGGAGCGAUUCAACCUAUCAAUGCUUACUGUGCUGGAUCACUUGUAUCAAACUACUUCCGCAGUGACAAAUCUGCUGUAAUACAUAAAUCCAACAUAUUGGCCUUGAUUUUCUUAGCUAUUGGUGCUCUCAACUUCAUCACCAGCCUCCUCCAGCACUAUAAUUUUGCGGUUAUGGGCGAGAGGUUGACAGAAAGAGUGCGCGAGAAACUGCUAGCAAAGCUGAUGACUUUUGAGAUAGGGUGGUUUGAUGAUGAUGAGAAUACAAGUGCUGCAAUUUGUGCAAGGAUAGCCACUGAAGCCAGCAUGGUUCGGUCCCUUGUUGGAGAUCGGAUGUCACUGCUAGUACAGACAUUCUGUGGUUCUGUCUUUGCUUAUGCACUAGGACUUGUUCUCACUUGGAGGCUAACCCUUGUUAUGAUAGCAGUGCAACCAUUAGUUAUUGGGAGUUUUUAUUCAAGGACUGUUUUGAUGAAAAGUAUGGCCGGGAAAGCACAAAAAGCACAAAUGGAAGGAAGCCAACUAGCAAGUGAAGCUGUUAUUAACCACAGAACUAUAGCUGCAUUCUCUUCUGAGAAGAGAAUGUUGGGGCUUUUCAAAGCCACCUUGAGAGGUCCUAAAGAAGAGAGUGUUAAACACUCUUGGCUGUCAGGUUUUGGCCUGUUUAGCUCCCAAUUUUUUAACUCAGCUUUUAUCACUCUAACAUAUUGGUACGGCGGGAGGCUCCUGACAGCAGGGCUAAUAACCUCAGAGCACCUUUUCCAAGCAUUUUUGAUACUGCUUUUCACUGCUUAUGUCAUUGCAGAAGCUGGAAGCAUGACUAAUGAUUUAUCCAGAGGAAGCAAUGCCAUUCGAGCAAUAUUUGCAAUUCUCGACAGGAAAAGUGAAAUUGAUCCAAAUAACUCAUUGGGUACCUCAAACAUCAAGAGAAAGUUAAAUGGCCAAGUGGAGCUCAACGAUGUCUUCUUUGCAUAUCCGACAAGACCAGAUCAAAUGAUCUUCAAUGGCUUGAACCUUAAAAUUGAUGCAGGGAAGACAGUGGCGCUCGUGGGGCCAAGUGGUUCUGGAAAAUCUACCAUCAUUGGACUUAUUGAAAGGUUUUAUGAUCCCUUGAAAGGAGCAGUUUUUAUUGAUAAACAGGACAUAAAGAGCUACAAUCUGAGAUUGCUGAGAUCUCAUAUUGCACUAGUCAGUCAAGAACCAACUCUGUUUGCUGGCACUAUCCACGAAAAUAUUGCCUACGGCAAAGAGAAUGCAAGAGAAUAUGAGAUCAGAAAGGCUGCAGUUCUUGCCAACGCACAUGAAUUCAUCAGUGGAAUGAAAGAUGGGUAUGAAACGUACUGUGGAGAAAGAGGAGUUCAGCUGUCAGGAGGUCAAAAGCAAAGGAUAGCACUUGCUCGUGCAAUACUUAAGGAUCCAUCGAUCCUGUUGUUGGAUGAGGCAACAAGUGCACUUGACAGUAGGUCAGAGAGCUUAGUUCAAGAGGCGCUUGAGAAGAUGAUGGUUGGCAGAACAUGUGUAGUCAUUGCACACAGACUAUCAACAAUUCAGAAAUCUAACUGCAUUGCUGUUAUCAAGAACGGAAAAGUUGUAGAACAAGGCUCACACAAUGAACUUGUAGCAUUAGGUCGCGGUGGAGCAUACUACUCUCUGACAGAACUACAAACCGGCAGCUCCUCUUAA